CUUCAUGUUUGUAUCCAUUCAGGAGCUCGCCGCCGCUGAGAGCGCAGUAACGGGGACGAACCGCCGUCUGGAAAGGAUCUUUAUUCAAGUAAAUGGAUUUGGGGGAGCGACCGUGAUUCAUCGAGAUACGAGCAGCAUUUGAAACAGUAUAUCGUGCGAAAGGAGCCCCUUGGGAUUUUAGCUACGAGGCGCUGCGAUGGUAUGAUUCGGAGGCGCGGCUGCGUUCAGUGACUCAUUGAUAAAUAUACAGGCGAUGCGUGCGGCCGCAUGAAUGAGGCGCCGAGAAGCGUCCACACUCCGCUAUCCCUGCAUAACCGGAUAGGUUCGACGCAAAAACAUAAAAGUAGUCAUUUUAUAGGCGUUUCUCUAAAUUAUCCGCAUCGUAUUUUUGCGAGGACUUUUUGCCUUUGGUUACCUUGAAGCUUAGUUUCAGGGGGGAAAAAGGUCUACAUCUAAAAUACAGGUCCUAUUAAGGCCGCGUGGAAAUAAUAUUUCUUAAGCCUUGAAACUAGGCUUUCUACUAAUGCUAGAUACGGUCAGACCCGUGCAUUUGGAUUCGGUGAUGGCGAUCAGCAAGACAGCGGAGUGGUUGAAGGAGCAGCUGGAGACGCGCAGCGGCCGCCUGCUGCUCAUGGACUGCCGCACGCAAGAGCUCUACGACUCCUCGCAUGUGGAGACGGCGAUCAACGUCGCCAUCCCGAGCCUCAUGCUGCGGAGGCUGAAGAACGGGAGCCUGCCGAUCAAGUCGCUCCUGGCCAGCGGCGAGGACCGUGAGAAAUUUGCGCGCAGGUGCAAGACUGAUACGGUGAUCCUGUACGACGAGUACAGCCGGGACUGGAACGAGAACAUGGACCGGGGCUCGGUGCUGGGGCUGCUGCUGCGGCGGAUGAAGGACGAGGGGUGCAAAGCCUUUUACCUAGAAGGGGGUUUCAGCAAAUUUCAAGCCGAGUUCCCAGGCUUGUGUGAGACCAACUUGGACAGCCCCUCAUCCAGCAGUUCGCCCACAGCCCAGGUCCUGGGUCUGGGAGGCCUGCGGAUCAGCUCCGACUCCUCAGACAUCGAGUCCGACGUCGACCGCGACCCAAACAGUGCAACCGAUUCUGACGGCAGCCCUCUGUGUAACGCCCAGCCCUCGUUCCCGGUGGAGAUCCUGCCUCACCUGUACCUGGGCUGCGCUAAGGAUUCCACCAACCUGGACAUUCUGGAAGAGUACGGCAUCAAGUACAUCCUGAACGUGACUCCGAAUCUCCCCAACCUGUUUGAGAAUGCCGGGGAAUUUAAGUACAAGCAGAUUCCGAUAUCGGAUCACUGGAGCCAGAAUCUGUCACAGUUCUUCCCAGAAGCCAUCAGCUUCAUCGACGAGGCCCGCGGCCGGAAAUGCGGAGUGCUGGUCCACUGCCUGGCCGGGAUCAGCAGGUCCGUUACCGUCACCGUGGCCUACCUGAUGCAGAAGCUCAACCUGACCAUGAACGACGCUUACGACAUCGUCAAGAUGAAGAAGUCCAACAUUUCGCCCAACUUCAACUUCAUGGGCCAGCUGCUGGACUUUGAGCGGACCUUGGGCAUCAGCAGCCCCUGCGACAAUGACCUGCCCCCUCCCAGCUCCCAGCCGCUCUACUUCAGCACCCCCACCAACCACAACGUCUUUCAGCUGGACCCCCUGGAGUCUACGUGAGAGCCUGCAUUCCUCUAGCCAGGAGGUGACCACUCAUGGAGGGGGGAAAAAAGUUUGUCUCCUGUCAAGUGAGCUUAACACGAUUGACGCAGUUGGCUUGAGGUGACAGCUGUGCUCCACAGAGAGGGGUGUGUGUGUGUGCUCUGGCUGACACACAGCAGCUGUUAUGAGCGAGGAAGCAAACAAGGAAGGAAACCUUUCUCUUUCUCCUGGACUCUGAUUUUAUUUGUCCAAAAGUUGGGAAAUCAUGUGACUGGUCAUGUGUCAGGUGACCGCAAAGGCUGAUGUUUAUGGGUUCCGAUGUGUGUGUUUUAACUAGCACUUGCACCUGCAGACGUUGUCGACGAGGGUGUAGAUAUCUCGUCUUCUGUGAAGACUUGCCCGGGUGGGCGGGCGGGUGGGUCCCCCCCAGAUCCUAAGGGCGUACUACUUGAUACUCCAUUUUAUUCGUGCGGAGUAGUUUGAAACAUUUAUACAUGUGUAUACAUUUAAUAUAAGACUCUACAGUAAAGAUUUGCUCUUCUCAUAAACCGGCCAAUGAAAAUAAGGGCCUACAGUGUUUCUUUAUGUAAUCCUACGUAUAGGUUGACGUUCUUGUUUUGAUAAACCAAAAAAUGUUUAGAUUUUGCAGAUUUCAAAUGUGUAUAUUUGUAAUAUAUUUUCUCUUUGCUCGAUGUAUGGAUUUGCCGGUCGGCUCCUUCCCCUGCCCUCCGUGAGGAGGGGUGGGCCACUUCUUUUCACCCGUCUGUACGUCCAGGCAGUAGCUCUGCACUGGCCCUUAUCAGCCUGUCUGUCACCACCAAGUUGGGCAAAUACAGCCCAAACCAGUGGAAAAUUACAACAGGAAAAAAUAGGUCAUUGUGUUCAAAUCCAUACAUUGACAAGGCUUGCUAGUUAAAGUGGUAGCUUAAGUUUAAUUUGUGCAUGCAGAUGUAAUGCGAUUUAAGGGCACUACAUAAAUGCACUGAGGGGUUUUCAUUGGAUUUGAGGGGGGGGGCUCCUUUUCCCAGGGACCUCUGGGGGAGAAAAAGCAGCUUACUUUGAAUCAGAGCUGUGGACUGAUUGGAUCAGUGACAAUCUGAGGACUAGACUCUGUCUUCUCUUCAGGGCUGUUUUUGCCAAAUGCAUGUUUGAUGUCAGAGAAGUUGACCGGUUUGAGGGUCAGUGUAUCCCUGAAGGGGGCGCUGUCCUGCCACCCCACUGUCACUUAGAUGCUGGUGUGAGCAGGCGUGGUCUUCAAGUGUAAAGGAGGUUUAAGUUAUUAAUAAAUUGCUAUUUUGUCUAUUGA